AUGUCGGAAGAUCGAUUGCGAGAAGCAAAGGAGUUGCUGAAUCAGGUGCAUUUGAUCAUCCUGGAGCAUACUUCGGAUACAGACGGAUCUCGUGAUGGGAACCUUGAAGAAGCUUUGCGGCUCUUUGAGCAGGUGUUGCAGCUCUCUCCAAACAACCUAGAGGCAUUGGAGGGAGCAGCUUACUGCAACAGAAAGAGCAACAAGUUGGAUCAGGCUGUUCAGCUCUACCAGCAGUGCCUGAAGGUGAACGCUUCUGCUGAAAGUCCAUUGUACUACCUUGGAGACAUCCUUUACCGGCAACAUCGACAUGCAGAAUGCCAAGCCUACCUGUCCAGGCUAGUCGCGAGCAAUUGUGGAGAGGACUACAAGACGGGGGCUUUGUACCUCCUGGCCAAGUCGCAUAUUUCGCUGGAUGAACACGAAGAGGCAGAAAAGCAAGCGCGCAGUGGGCUGACAUUGAAGCCGAACCAUCCGCACUUCCUCUUCAUCUUGGCCUUGGUCAAGAACCGCAUGGGAGACUUUGACGCUUCCAUUACCACCUUGAAAAAGGCUUUCCAGCACCUGGGAGUCGACAGCGACAACUUGAAGGUUGAGAUCCACGAUUGGCUCGCGCAGGCGUACGAGCGGAAAGGUGAGUACACCAACGCCUCAGCAGAGCUUGCAAUGGCUCUGAAGCAAGACCCGUCACACGUUUCUUCGUUGAUCACUCAGGGGGUCAUCCACAUGCAGCUGAAAAAGCUGGAAGAGGCAGAAACGUCCUUCAGACGAGCUCUUGCAAUCGUCAAGAACCAUGCCUUGGCCUUGGUGCGACUGGGCUACUGCAAACUGCUGUGCGCCGAUUCGCAGGAGGCCAUCCUGUUGUUUCAACGUGCCCUUCAGCAGCGCUGUGGCACUGUGGCUCUACCCCGUUGCGGACAUAGAGUCCCAGAGAGGUCGAAGUGGGGCUUGGUGAUCGAGGUGCAACACUUGGAGAAGAACACAGUCUCACAAUUUGCCAAGGAUAGGUCCCAGCUUCAGAGCCAGGUAGCGACACCUACGCCUUCCACAGCUACGCCUUCCAGUGAGCGACGGCAAUGGACCUCUCCUUCACCAGCGACACCGGCGGCGGCGCCACCUGCCGUGCCUAAGGCAGAGGCAGCCGAUAAAGGCAAGUUGUUGCUUCACAAGCACGAGAUGAUAGAUUUCAACCAGUUGGUCCAAAGGGACUGCUUGGGUUCCGGCGGCUUUGGAGCGGUCUAUCGCGGCUAUUUGGGCAGCCGGGAGGUUGCAAUCAAGAAGCUAUUUUGUGAAGAUGGAGGCAACAUCUCUCCUUUGCAACUCGAAGAGCUGGAAAAGGAGGUUGCCGCCCUUCGUAGUGCCUUGCUUGAAACGCAGCGUACUGUCAAUGUUGUGGAACAAGGGGUCGGUCUCAACACACCUGGCAAUGCUUGGUGA